AUGGCGAAGGAGGAGKAGAAGCCCAAGGCGGGCGAGAAGGUGGCAGACAAGGGCAAAGGCAAAGCAGAGGAUUCCAAGCAACAACAAAGCAAUGGAGCCAAUGGCGGCGCAAAAGAUGCCUCCAAGAAAGGCGAUCUUGAUUUGGCGCCUGAGGAGCUCAGCGAGGAGGACCAGAAGUUGAAGGACGAGUUGGACAUGCUGGUCGAGCGAUUAACCGAGUCGGAUGCAUCGCUGUACAAGGCGGCGCUUGAGGCGAUCAAGACCAGCAUCAAGACAUCAACCAGCUCCAUGACGGCUGUGCCCAAACCGCUCAAGUUCCUGCGACCACACUAUGAUAAGCUGUGUGCCGCGUACGACAGCUGGCCCAAGGGCAGUGAAAAGGACUCCCUCGCCGACACACUCUCCGUGCUGGGAAUGACAUACUCCGAUGAUGAAGACCGCCGAGAUACCCUCAAGUAUCGUCUCCUAGCUCCGGGCACUGACAUUGGCUCGUGGGGUCACGAAUACAUGCGUCACUUGGCCCUGGAGAUUGGGCAGGAGUAUCAGAAGCGGCUGGACGACGAACAAGAGGUCGAGGACAUCACCAAGCUUGUCCUCACCCUUGUUCCCUUCUUCCUCUCCCACAACGCUGAUGCUGAUGCUGUCGACAUCCUCUCCGAGCUGGAGAUGAUCGAGUCGAUCAAGGACUACCUUGAUGAAAAUACCUACCAGCGCGUGUGUCUGUACAUGGUCACCAUGGUUCCGCUUCUCACAUACCCUGACAACGACCGCUUCCUCCGCACCGCCCACGACAUUUACGUGAAGUUCAAGCAGCUCACUCAGGCCAUCUCACUCGCCAUCCGCCUUAACGACAUGGAGUUGAUCAAGUCAGACUUCAAUGCCGCUGAGAGUAAGGCUCUCAAGUGUCAACUUGCCCUCCUCCUCGCUCGACAGCGGAUCUGCUUCGAACUCGAGGGCGAUGAUGCCGACGACGCGGACAUGCAGGACUGCCUCUACAAUACCAGAUUACCAGAGCACUACAAGUCGCUUGCCAAGGAAUUGAACGUACUGGAUCCCAAGGUUCCCGAGGAUAUUUACAAGUCACAUCUCGAAUCCAGCCGCACCGCAGGCCUCACCAACACCGACUCGGCACGCCACAACCUCGCGUCUGCAUUCGUCAACUCGUUCGUCAACGCCGGAUUUGGAGAUGACAAGCUCAUGCUUGUCGAGGGAGGUGUCAAGCAGAGUUGGAUCUGGAAGGUCAAAGAGGAGGGUAUGGUCUCGACAGCUGCCUCGGCCGGUAUGCUCAUGUUAUGGGAUGUCGAGAUGGGUUUGGACAAGAUUGAUGCCUACACAUAUGUGCCAGAGGAUCAGAUCAAGGCCGGUGCCGCUCUGGCCAUGGGGAUCAUGAACUCAGGCGUGCGUCUGGAUAGUGACCCGACGCUCGCCUUGUUGGGUGAUUUCGAGGGCAAGUCGGUUGGCGAGCGCGUGGCAAGAAUCAUGGGUCUUGGUCUGGCAUACGCGGGUUCAAACAAGGAGGACUUGCUCGAGCUCUUGCUUCCAAUCGUCUCGGACACGGGUCUUGACAUGCAGCUUUCUGCUGUGGCGGCACUGUCUCUCGGUCUCAUUUUUGUUGGGUCCGCGCAAUCCGAUGUCAGCGAGGCCAUCAUACAAACCUUCCUCGAUGAGGACCGGAACAAGCAGCUCAAAGACAAAUGGACGCGUUUCAUGACUCUUGGUCUGGCCUUGCUCUUCUUCGGCCAGCAAGAAGAAGUUGAUGUCGUCCUGGAGACCCUCAAAGCUAUUGAUCAUCCAAUGUCCAAGCCUGCUUCGAUUCUUGCGGAGAUUUGCGCCUGGGCAGGUACUGGAGCUGUUCUCAAGCUGCRGCAGCUUCUCCACGUCUGCAACGAGCAUAUUGAGGAGAAGGAGGACAAGAAGAAGGAUGACGAGGAUGAAGAGAAGAAAGAGGACGAGGAGCCAGUUGAUGUUGCCGGCGAGCAGCUCGUCCAGGCAUAUGCGGUUCUCGGUCUCAGUCUCGUCGCAAUGGGUGAGGAGGUCGGACAGGAGAUGGUACUUCGUCAAUUCGGUCACCUGAUGCACUACGGGGAAGCCAACAUCCGCAAAGCUGUUCCUCUCGCAAUGGGUCUCAUCUCACCCUCCAACCCUCAGAUGAAGGUCUACGACACCCUGUCACGCUACUCCCACGACACCGACACGGAUGUCGCUGUCAAUUCUAUCUUCGCCAUGGGAAUGCUCGGCGCUGGAACCAACAACGCUCGUAUUGCCCAGCUCCUCCGUCAACUAGCAUCCUACUACCACCGUGACCCCAACGCGCUGUUCAUGGUCCGCAUCGCUCAAGGUUUGCUACAUAUGGGCAAGGGCACUCUCACCAUCAACCCAUUUCACACGGAUCGCUCCGUACUUUCAAAGGUUGCUGCGGCAGGUCUCCUGACCGUCGCACUGAGUCUGAUCGACGACCCGAAGUCCUUCAUUCUUGGCGACAACCACUACCUCCUCUACUACCUCGUCACCGCCAUGCAUCCGCGCUUUUUGAUCACAUUGGAUGAGCUGCUUCAGCCGGUCCAGGUCAAUGUGAGAGUUGGACAGGCCGUGGAUGUUGUCGGACAAGCGGGGAGACCUAAGACGAUCACGGGGUGGCAGACGCAGAGCACCCCUGUCUUGCUCGGGUAUGGAGAGCGAGCAGAGUUGGAAGAUGAGGAGUGGAUCUGCUUGUCAAGCGUCAUGGAGGGCGUCUGCAUAUUGAAGAAGAACCCCGACUGGCAAGCUCCGUAA